CUUUUGGAUUGGCUGACCGAGUCUGGUCUUGCCCAUCCUACAACUUCCGGACAAUUUUGUUUGUAUUUUCUAAUGAUCAUUGCCCACAUCUCUCAAUAGCAUCAAUUCAGCACCCAAAAGGAAAUGGAUUCUAAUCUCUCAAUCACAAUCCUUCUCUACUUCUUCCUCAAUCAAAUUAUCCUCUCGGUUGCCAGAAGCAACUCACCUGUUCUUUAUCACCCAGUCGACAACAUCGCCGUCAACUGCGGCUCCUCAGGAAACUCAACUGGAGUAGAUGGCCGGCAAUGGACCGGAGAUAUCGGUUCGAAUUACGCCCCUUUAUUACUUACUAGUAACAAAGGAAAAUUGAUUAGCUCCAAAGCCGCUGACCAGCCACUUUUCCCUGGUAGAGUCCUUUUUGGCCCAGCUCGGCUCUCCCGUUUGCCAUUUGCAUACACUUUCAGAGUCACCCCGGGCCAAAAGUUCAUCCACCUGCAUUUCUAUCCAGCUUCAUACGGUGGUGGUUUCAAAAGGUCAAAUGCCUUUUUUAUGGUAAAAGCCGGUCCAUAUACCCUUCUAAGGAACUUUAGUGCAUCCCUCGCGCUUGAUGCUUUGGGCUUACAAUCUCUUGUUAAAGAGUAUUGUGUUAACGUGGAAGAAAAUCAGCCACUAAUCAUAACGUUCUCUCCCUCAUUAGGUGGUUCUUCUGAUGAGGCAUAUGCUUUUGUCAAUGGGAUCGAAAUCGUCUCGAUGCCAGCUGGACUUUAUCAUACACAAGAGGGUGAUGCAGGUGCACAUGUUGUCGGCCAGAAUUUUCGACUCCAAAUUGAUAAAAGCAUUGCACUCGAGAUGGUGCAGCGGUUAAAUGUUGGUGGAACAGCCAUCACAUCCAUGGAAGAUACAGGUUUGUUUCGUGAUUGGUUUCAAGACUCAAAUUUUUUGAUGGAAACAUCAUAUGUCCAACCAGUUACUACCCCCCUUCGCAUCAAAUACACAAGUAUACCAUCAUACACUGCUCCUCAGAAAGUUUACCAAACAUCAUGGUCAAUGGCUACAGACAGGCAAGGGAAUGGUAACUUCAAUUUUACGUGGAAGUUGCCAAUUGAUUUUGGAUUCAGGUACCUUCUCAGGUUACAUUUUUGUGACUUUGAAUACGAAAUAGAAGAGCGUGACCGCACAAAAUUUAGUGUCUUAUUUGAUGAACAUGUUGCUGAAGCUAAAGCUGAUAUUAUCAAAUGGAGUGGUGGAAACAGGGUUGCAGUCUAUAGGGACUACGUUGUGAGGAUUCAAGGAGAUAGGAUGGAGGGAAAACACGAUUUGCUCAUAGCAUACAUCCCUCACAACCAUGAAUGGAUUGAAGACAUUGAUACAGUUCUAAAGGGGUUGGAGGUAUUGAAGCUGAGCAACCCCGACAAAAAUCUUGCUGGUGAGAACCCGGUGCCACUGUCAUGUGCUUCGACAUCUAGUAACACAAAACCCCAGAAGUUUGUGUAUGCUUCCGGUGGUAAUGCCCUUGCAACAGUUUUGGUAAUAUUACUCACCAUUAUGAAUAUUAGUGUUUACAAGUUACGUGUUUGGGUUGACAAAUUUGGCAAAAAGAACAUCUCACCACUACCGCCUAAAGGGUUGUGUCGUCGCUUCUCACUUUCUGAGGUCCUCUUAGUGACCAACAACUUCAGUCAUGAAUUUUUCAUUGGAAGUGGUGGAUUUGGUAAUGUCUACAAGGCGCACAUCGACGAUGGAACAACUACUGUUGCCAUGAAGAGGUUGAAUUCAAAGUCUAAGCAAGGGGCAGAUGAGUUUCGGACAGAGAUUGAGAUGCUUUCUAACCUUCGGCAUACGCAUCUCGUGAGUCUUAUAGGCUAUUGUGAUGAACGCCAGGAGAUGAUCCUUGUUUACGAGUACAUGGAGCAUGGUACACUUGCCGAUCAUCUUUAUAAGCAUUAUACUUUUGGUAAUGGCACUAUUUGUCAUCUGUCAUGGGAUCAAAGGAUGAAAGUUUGCAUCGGUGCUGCUCGUGGACUGGAUUACCUCCAUACAGGUACUCGAUGUGGUAUCAUACACCGCGAUAUUAAAAUGACAAAUAUUCUUCUGGACAACGAUUGGGUUGCCAAGAUUUCAGAUUUUGGGUUGUGCAAAGAAGGCACUACAAGCCAUUCACACACUCAUGUUAGCACUGAUGUUAAAGGCACGUUUGGUUACUUGGAUCCAGAAUAUUUCUUCACCCGUAGACUAACUAAGAAAUCAGAUGUCUAUGCAUUUGGUGUCGUGUUGUUAGAAGUGCUUUGUGGGAGGCCGGCCGUGGAUUUAAGUUUGGAGGAGGAGCAACGCAGUCUAGCUUGGUGGGCUCAACAAUGUAUCAAAGAGGAAAAGUAUGAUCAACUUAUUGACCCCAGUUUGAGGGACCAAAUCUCGCCACUGUGUUUGAAGGUCUUUACAGAAGUUGCUAAUAAAUGCUUGCAUAAGCAUCCAAGUGGACGGCCUACCAUGACUGAUGUCGUGGCGAGCCUCGAGUGCAUGUUGGCUUCGCAGGAGCAACCCAUAAAUGCUUGCACAGAGGAGGAGGAGGAGGAGGAGGAGAAAGGGGAGGAAGAGGAGGAGGAUGUCAAUGUUCAUGGGGACCCCAACCAACUGAUCUAUUACAAUGAUAUGAACAAACUGCAAACUGAAAUUUUUCCACAAGGUACUACUGCCUCAUCAUCCACUCCGGUGCAGCUUAAUGAUAAUAUCCAUCCACAUGGUAUUGUUGCCUCCUCAUCCACUCUGGUGCAGCUUAAUGAUGAUACCCAACGCCAGAAGAGGUCGAGGAAAAAUCUGUUUCAAAGGAUUAGUGUACUUUUAGCUGGAGUUAUGGGUAUCCGGUCGAUGAGAAUAGAUGACGUUGAGAUUCGAACUACAGCCACAAACGAGUCGACCAGCCAAGCAACCAACACUGCUCCUUCUUCAGAUGAAAGCAACAACACUGGCAACUGGCAGAUCUCUCCAGGGAGUGACACUGAUAUGCUAUAUCCGGAUUGGCAUCUCUUACUUACCCCAAAUUUAAGGAUAUUCAGUUUCUCAGAAUUGGAGAAAGCUACCAAAAACUUCAGCAAUGAUAAUUUGUUGGGAGAAGGACGUUUUGGCACAGUUUACAAGGGUUGGCUUGAUGCGAAAGUGACAUCAAAGAACGGCAGUGGAAUUGUUGUUGCAAUAAAACGGGUGGAUUACAGAUAUAAGACUUUGCAGUCUGUGGUCUGUCUCUUAGGAAGGCUUUCUCAUUCUAACCUUGUUAAGAUAUUGGGGUACGGUUGGGAAGAUCAAAAGCUAUUCCUUGUCUAUGAAUUCAUGCAAAACGGCAGCUUGGAGCAUCACCUUUUUGAAAGUACGAGUGAAUAGAAGUCAUUUUUGUUAUAAUUACCGCAG